AUGACUUCAGACACACCUGUUACUGAGAAAAUGGCGAGGAAUGGGGUGACCGAGGCCAGCACGUCGGCCACGAGCACUGCAAAGACUUCUAGAUCUUCUGUUCUCGAUCCCGCCAAUUUUCCUCAGACACUCGAAUCCCCCACAAUCUACAUAUCACUCGUCUACGACCCCCUCGACAUCCCAGCAUAUCUGAAAUUCACCCGAUCGGCCAAAGCCGGAGCGAACAUACUCUUUCUGGGCACUACUCGUGAUAACUUUGACCAUCGACCAGUCUCUCGGUUGUCGUACUCGGCAUAUCCCUCCUUGGCAUUGAAGUCACUGUACGCGAUCGCCGAGGAUGUGCAGAAAAAGCAUGGACUGGAGAAAGUCGCCAUCGUCCAUCGCAUGGGGGAGGUCAAGGUCGAAGAAGAGAGUAUCGCCGUUGCCGUCAGUAGUGGGCAUAGAGCUGCGGGCUGGAAAGGAGCCGAAGAGAUCCUCGAACGCGUCAAAGCUCGAGCUGAGAUCUGGAAGAAGGAAUGGUUCGCGGAUACGGGGGAGAUGGAGGAGGGGGUUUGGCGUGCGAAUAGAGAUCGCGACGCCCAGGGGAAUAUCCUGGAGAAGUCGAAUGCGUGA